CGAAAGAGGUGAGGAACAACAAAAAAAGAAAAAAAAAAGAGGAGAUCAGUUCUGAACGUAGCAGUCCAUUUAUAAUUGAUAAUGGGUUACUGCGAUGGCAAAUGGACGCCAGUGAUUAUUAUGGUUAUCAUUAAUUCGGCGCUGGGUUUAUGUAAUGCUUUGGUUAAAAAGGUACUCGAUGGUGGUGUUAACCAUAUGGUUAUCGCAACAUAUCGUCUCGCUAUCUCCACCUUAUUUUUGGCACCAUACGCAUUUUUUUGGGAACGGAGAACAAGACCGAAACUUACGCUCAACAUCUUGGCUCAGCUUUUCUUCAGUGCUCUUGUUGGGGCAAGUUUGACUCAGUAUUUCUUCCUACUGGGGCUAUCAUACACGUCAGCUACGUUAGCAUGUGCUUUUAUUAGCAUGACACCCGCGAUUACAUUCGUUAUGGCUCUAAUAUUCAGGGUAGAGAAUCUAAACAUGAAAAGUAAAGCAGUUAUGGGGAUGGUGAUGGGCACUUUGAUAUGCGUAGGAGGAGCUUUAUUACUCACAACGUACAAAGGUGUUCCCUUGACAAAAAAUGGAAAACUAGAAACUCAUCAGUUGAUGAACAAUAAACCCGCAAUGAAACCCGAAAAUUGGUUAGUCGGAUGCUUACUUCUCUUUGCGGGUAGUAGCUGUUUCGGGUUGUGGAUGCUGAUACAGUCCAAAGUGAAUGAAAAGUACCCAUGUCAAUACUCGAGUACUGCCGUAUUAUCUUUUUCCACCAUCCAAUGCGCCCUUCUAAGCCUCAUUAAAUCUCGAGAUAUCGGGGCUUGGAUCCUCACAGAUAAACUCGACAUUAUCACCGUUGUUUACGCAGGAGCGGUAGCACAAGGAAUAUGUACGGUGGGAACGUCUUGGUGCAUCAGAAAGAGAGGGCCAAUCUUUACUUCUGUUUUUACUCCCGUGGGGCUUAUAUUCGCUACACUAUUUGAUUUCUCGAUUCUUCAUCGUCAAAUUUGCCUUGGAAGUGUUAUCGGAUCUGGGGUUGUAAUCUUUGGACUAUACAUAUUCUUGUUGGGAAAAGUCAGGCAAAUGAAGGAAGAGUGUGCAAAGAGUUCACCUUCUCAUUUAAAUGAAGACGGAGGAGAAGAUGAUGAACAAUACAAAAAGGGUCAUCUUAGUGUUGUUCCAAUGACUCCUUGAUUUGAUUAUAGAUUUCUUUCUUUCUUCACUUCAUACAUUAUUUUAUUAUAAUAACAAUAUUGACCGAUAAUUUACAUGAACUAGUCCAACGGAUCAGUAAAGUAGUCCACAUAUUGCUUCUU